CUGCACCGACAUCCAUCAUCGACCACAGACACACACACACACACACACACACACACUUCCUCUCUCCCUCCCUCCCUCCCUCAAUACAACACGCAUCUUCCCCUACCGACUGACAGCUCUCUCCGCACCACGUCAUGUCUCGGCGAUACGACAGCCGUACGACCAUCUUCUCCCCUGAAGGCCGCCUGUACCAAGUCGAAUAUGCGCUCGAGGCCAUAUCACACGCCGGCACUGCCCUCGGCAUCCUCGCCACCGACGGCAUCGUGCUCGCCGCCGAACGGAAAGUCACCAGCAAGCUGCUCGAGCAAGAUACGAGCGCCGAGAAGCUGUACAUCCUCAACGACAACAUGAUCACCGCUGUCGCGGGCAUGACGGCUGAUGCCAACAUUCUCAUCAACUACGCGCGCCAGGCUGCGCAGCGCUACCUGCUCACCUACAAUGCCGACAUUCCCUGCGAGCAGCUCGUGCGCCGUCUGUGCGAUCUCAAGCAGGGCUACACGCAGCACGGUGGUCUGCGCCCCUUUGGUGUUUCCUUCAUCUAUGCCGGCUGGGACCACCAGCGCAACUUCCAACUCUACCAAUCGAACCCCAGCGGCAACUACACUGGCUGGAAGGCCACCAGUGUCGGGUCAAAUAGUGCAAGUGCACAGUCUUUGCUCAAGCAGGACUACAACGAGGACUGCACCCUCAAUCAGGCGUGCGAACUGGCUGUCAAGGUGCUGUCGAAGACAAUGGAUAGCACGAAGUUGUCCAGCGAGAAGAUCGAGUUCGCCACGGUUGGUCGAACGGAAAAGGGCACCAUCUACCACAAGCUGUGGUCGGCCGAAGAAAUUGAUUCACUACUCAAAGAGCACGGUCUGGGGAAAGCAGCAAGCGAUGAACCAGUGGCAUAGACCUACGACACUAACGACGAGCAAACAAUGUAUGUACAAUAGCGGCAUUGAAGCGGCAAGCACGCCGCAGCAUUACCGAGGGAGAAAAGGACGGGUUCGCAUGCUCAUAUUACUGGCAUCUUUGCGAUAGAGUGAAACGUGGAGCCAAAUACUGAGCCCACUUCGC